AUAGAAAGCAGGUCGCACUCUUGAUGCCUUGCUUGGUGUAGCAAAAGAUGUAAAGCGCCAUGCAUGCAGAGGCCAUGGUGCUACAACUACUAACAUUCGAAUAAUAAAAUCGAAAGAGGCGAACACAAGCUGAAGAAUCACUAGGCGCCUCCAGACCCCAGACUGCGAUCGAGCCGAGCGAUCUUCCAAGAGCAUGGAGUCCUCGCUCUGCACAGCGUUGCGCGCCGUGGUGACCGGAGCACAUGCCACUCCGGGUGCCGGCAUUCGGCGCCGCCGCGCCCCGGCCCGUGCCAGCACGUCGGGACGUUGGAAAUCUCGCGUUUUGCACGCUCAGGUGAGCGCGACGGAGCCGGAGCCCCCGGCACCGGCGAAGGGAGGACAGCCGGCGCUGUCCUGGACCGCGCUGAGGGUGGGCGCGGGCGUCGCGCUCGCGCUGGCCCUGGGCGGCGCCUCGUGGUCAGCGCGGGGCGGUGGCAGCAGCGCCGUCCUCGUGCGGCCUGCCAUGGUGUAUACGCUCAACGCCGUCACGGACGGAGCGGAGCGGGGCGGCGCCGCGGCGGUUAAGACGAGCGUGGGCGCGCUCUCGGACUCGCUGUUCCGGCGCGAGGACGCGCCCAGAGAACACGCCACGCUCAUGGACCUCGUCUUCGAGCAAGUCACCAAGGAGCACAUCGGCGACAGGGGAAAGCUGACGAGCCUGCUGCAGAAGGAGUGGGCAGCGUCGCGCGACUCGGAAAGAAAGCUCGACCUCGGCUUGCUCCUCACCGACGUGCUGAUCAAUCAGAGAGAGUGGCAGAGGGCCAAAGAAGUCUGCCAGCAGCUGACUGGCCGCUACCAGCGUGACUCGAGGCCAUAUUUACAUCUGGCUGUGGUGAACAUGAUGAUGGCGGUGGAGACCAUGCUAUCUCCGGAGACGGCCACCGCCGACGACAUCGACAAGAUGUCGAAGAACGCCAUGGACGCCUGGAAAGAAUUCAAGAACAAGUACGAGCUAGCCAAGGGUUCAACAGAGUCCAGCACCUGACCACCUGAUGCAGUACUGACCAAUUCUUGUGAAGAAUCUUCGUGUCUUUGCUUGCCCUAAAGGCAGAGCCUUGUGUUGAGUGCUGACCACUCUUGUGAUGCAUCUUUGUGCCUUGCCAGCGUAGUUGCGUGUGAAGUUGAUUCAGUGUCUGAGUUCCAUGUAAUCGUGAAGUCUUGUCUCCUUGUGUGCUUGUGUUUACCAAAUUCCCCUCUGUCGUAUUGUCGAACGGUGCAGUCUUCAGACCCUACGACAAGUAUGAAAUGCCACAUAUGCAUAUGUAUUUUACACACUAGUCUGAUAAUUAGUGUUACCAAAAGUUUACCUACUGUAUAUCUACCCUA